AUGGUUGAAUCUACUGGUCCAGUAUCUACGGGUGUUGAUGAAGAAAAGGCGAGAGUACUUGCAACUUAUCGCAAAAAGAUCAUAGAAUGUCGUGAUAUCGAAGCAAGAUUGAAAGAAUUAAGAAAGAAGGAGCAAGAGAUGCAAAAGAACUUCGACAAGACUGAAAAUGAUAUCAAAGCUCUCCAAUCAGUCGGACAAAUCGUUGGAGAAGUUCUCAAACAGCUCAGUGAAGAGAAGUACAUCGUCAAAGCAACAAAUGGACCAAGAUAUGUUGUUGGAUGUAGAAGAUCUAUUAACAAAGAAUUGCUUAAACAAGGAACUCGUGUUGCUCUUGAUAUGACAACCUUAACUAUCAUGAGACAGUUACCUCGUGAAGUUGAUCCAUUAGUAUACAAGAUGUCUCAUGAAGAUCCUGGAAAUAUCAGUUAUGCUGAUGUUGGAGGUCUUGCCGAACAGAUCCGUGAACUUCGUGAGGUUGUUGAACUACCUCUUCUUAAUCCCGAGCUUUUCAAACGUGUUGGUAUCACUCCUCCUAAAGGUUGUUUAUUAUACGGACCUCCUGGAACAGGAAAGACUUUAUUGGCAAGAGCGGUUGCUUCUCAAUUGGAUUGUAACUUCUUGAAAGUCGUGUCAUCAGCUAUCGUUGACAAGUACAUCGGAGAAUCUGCCAGAAUGAUCCGUGAAAUGUUCAAUUAUGCCAGAGACCAUCAACCUUGUAUUGUAUUUAUGGAUGAAAUCGACGCUAUUGGUGGUCGUCGUUUCUCUGAAGGAACAUCAGCUGAUCGUGAAAUCCAAAGAACUUUAAUGGAGUUGCUCAACCAGUUGGAUGGUUUCGAUUCCCUCGGUAAAGUCAAGGUAAUUAUGGCCACUAACCGUCCUGAUACCCUUGAUCCCGCUCUUCUCCGUCCUGGACGUCUCGACAGAAAAAUUGAAAUUGGUUUGCCAAAUGAGCAAAGUCGAUUGGAAGUACUUAAAAUCCACUCUAACCCCAUAACUAAGCAUGGAGACAUUGACUUCGAAGCCGUCGUGAAGCUUUCCGACGGAUUUUCAUGUGCUGAUUUAAGAAAUGUUUGUACUGAAGCUGGUCUUUUCGCCAUUCGAGCUGAAAGAGAAUAUGUAAUUGAGGAAGAUUUUAUGAAAGCAGUCAGAAAGGUUGGUGAUGCCAAGCGCUUGGAAACCAAAUUAGACUACAAACCUGUAUAA